AUGUCCAAGACUAAGACUCAGAUGCAAAUCCUGGCUGAUCAGCUGAUUGCCGUCUUCCACGAGUAUGCUGGGAAAUCUGACACCAUUGACAAGAAGGAGUUCAAGAAGAUGAUCAACGAGCAGUUUCCUGACUGCGUUGAGUACCCACAAAACCAGCAAGGGAAAGACAAGCUCUUCAAAGACCUGGAUCUAAACAAAGAUAACCAGCUGAGUUUUGAAGAAUGGACCCGUCUGCUUGGGUCAUUCCUGUCUUGCGCCCACAUUAAGUUCCACCAGCAAGAGGGACACCACCACCACCACCACUGA